AUGAACAAGGUAAGAGAGGAAUUGGUCGGUUCAACCGUCGAAGAAAAGAAACUAGAAGAGAAUAGAACCCAUAAAAAAUACUGGUAUAGAUGGGGCCCAUAUAUGAGCGAAAGAAGUUGGGCUACUGUUCGGGAAGAUUAUUCUGCUGAUGGUGAUGCAUGGUCACAUUUUCCCUUCGAACACGCAAAUGCUCGUGUCUUUCGUUGGGGUGAAGAUGGUCUUUUCGGUGUUUCUGACAACAAACAAUUGAUCUGUCUUAGCCUGGCCCUAUGGAAUGGUAAAGAUAUUAGAUUAAAAGAAAGAUUAUUUGGUUUAACAGGUCAUCAAGGUAACCACGGUGAGGAUGUGAAAGAACUGUAUUAUUAUUUAGAUAAUACUCCGACUCAUUCUUAUAUGAAAGCAUUGUAUAAGUAUCCUUUCAUGAAGGCAUACCCAUACGAUGAAUUAGUUCAAGAAAAUGGUAAGAGGGGCUAUUUAGACAAAGAAUUAGAAAUUAAUGAAAUGGAAGGAUAUUUUAAAAAUGAAAAGGAAAAUGAUACUCCAUACUUCGAUGUCUUUUUCGAAAUGGCUAAAGGUGAUGAUAAUCCGAAUGAUUUGAAUUUCAGAAUCACUGUUCAUAACAGAAGUGAAAUUCAUGCAGGCCAAUUGCAUGUCGCGCCACAAAUCUUUUUCAGAAAUACUUGGGCCUGGGAUUCAAAUAUAAAGAAUAAACCUUGUUUGAAGAAAGUGACUGACUCAUCUAAUUUAAUCGAUGUCACACAUCAGAAAUAUGGAACUAGAAAAAUUGUUUUCCAACCUUCUCCGGGGUUCACUGCAGACGGAUCCAAACGUGCAGAUAUUGAACCAAAAUUACUAUUCACUGAAAAUGAACCGAACUUUGUGAAGUUAUUCAACUCUUCAAAGAACCCUGCCCCAUAUUCUAAGGAUGCUGUCGAGGAAUAUGUUGUAAAGGGCAAUACAGAGGGUACAGUAAAUCCAGAUAAUGAAGGUACAAAAGCUGCUGCCGUUUACUAUUUCCCCAAUAUCCCUCCCGGCGAGUGUGUCACAAUCAGGUAUAAAUUUACAGAUGAUCCCGAAAAUACCAUCUUCAAUUCCAACGAGCUAUCUGUUAUUAAUGAGGAAGCCUUCGACACUAUUUUUGAGAAUCGUAAAGAAGAAGCAGAUAACUUCUUCUGGAGAGUUAAUCCUUCACCAAUCAAUCCAGAAAUGAGAAACAUACAAAGGCAAGCCUUCGCUGGUUUAUUAUGGACCAAACAAUUUUAUAAUUUCACCUUUGAUGCAUGGUAUAAUGGUGACCCAAGUAUUAAACCAAGUCCUCCCCCAAAUAGAGCCAAUGGUAGAAACAGUAAUUGGAAACAUAUUUACAUCGAUGAUAUCUUAUCGAUGCCAGAUAAGUGGGAAUAUCCAUUUUUUGCCUCCUGGGAUAGUGCUUUCCAUUGCAUCCCACUUUCCAUGAUUGAUCCAGACUUUGCUAAACGUCAGCUAGACCUAUUAACAAGAGAAUGGUAUAUGCAUCCAAAUGGUCAAAUUCCUGCAUAUGAAUGGAAUUUCAAUGACGUCAAUCCACCCGUUCAUGCAUGGGCUACAUAUCGUGUUUUCAAGAUUGAAAAAAGUUUGUACAACCGUGAAGACUUCGUCUUCUUGGAACGUGUUUUUCAGAAAUUAUUACUAAACUUUACAUGGUGGGUUAAUCGUAAGGAUACUCAAGGUAAGAAUUUAUUUGAAGGCGGUUUCUUAGGUCUGGACAAUAUUGGUGUUUUCAAUAGAUCAGAACCCCUGCCUACUGGAGGUACUUUGGAACAAGCAGAUUCAACUGGAUGGAUGGCAUUUUUCUCUUUACAAAUGUUAAAUAUUGCUCUGGAACUAGCAAAGAGGAAUCCUGUUUAUGAAGAUAUUGCGUCAAAAUUUUUUGAACAUUUCAUUUUGAUUAGUGACACAAUGUCAUUCGAAUAUGCGAUUGAUACAUCACAUGGAGAAUUUCAAAAAGUUGUCAAACAGAAUUUGUGGAAUGAGCAUGACAAAUUUUACUACGAUGCCAUCUCUUGGGGAGGCCCAUACAGGGAACAGCUUCCAAUUAGGUCAUUAGUGGGAUUAAUUCCAUUAUAUGCCUCUAUGACGUUAGAGUCUAGUUUAGUCAGACAAUUCCCUGGAUUUAAAAAAAGAGUGGAUUGGUUCAUCAAUAAUAGACCGGAAAUAUUUGGUAGAAAUGUUGCAAAUAUGGCAGAAACUGGCAUUGGCGAAAGGGUUUUACUAUCUCUUGUGACCAAGGACAGAUUGGAGGCAAUUCUUACGAGAAUGUUGGACGAAAGUGAAUUUCUUUCAGAUUAUGGUAUUAGAUCACUAUCUAAAUACCACGAAGUGCACCCAUUUAGAAUGAAUGUCCAUGGUAAAGAGUAUUGUGUCAAGUAUUUACCGGGGGAGUCCGAUUCAGGUAUGUUCGGCGGUAAUUCCAAUUGGAGAGGACCUAUCUGGUUCCCUACUAAUUUCUUAAUCACCGAAUCUUUACAAAGAAUGUUUUUGUACCAUGGUCCCGAUUUCAAAGUUGAAUGUCCAGUUGGCUCAGGUAAAUAUCUAGAUCUAUCUGAAGUUGCUGAUGAAUUAAGUUCACGUAUGAUAGCCAUGUUUUUACCUGACGGCAAAAAAGAAGGUGAACGUGCAAUCUACACAGGCUCACAAUCUAAAUUUCUUUCUAAUGAUCCCUAUUUCAAGAAUUAUGUCACAUUUUAUGAAUACUUUGAUGGUGACACUGGUAGAGGAGUAGGUGCAUCGCAUCAAGUAGGUUGGACCUCUUUGGUUGCCAAAUGGAUUAGUGAUGUUGGUGCUAAUUGCACAAAGGUCACAACUACUGAAAAUUCUAUCAAUACUCUCGUGACAGAGAAGAAGCUUACAUUGCCCAAGAGUUCCAAAUCGUUCAAUGGUUUGACUACGACCAAUAGAGACACAACAGCAGGUGUCAAAGCUCAUGUUAGUGAAGCUACUACGAUAAAUAAACUAAAGGAGCAAAUGGAACUCUUGAAUUUCGAUGACAAUCGUGAUACAGACUUGACGUCCAAGAAUCAUGCAGAGUUAGCCUGCCAUCUGUAG